GUAUAGAGUAGAAACGCCGAGGUCUAGCGGCUUGGCGAACGAUUUGUGCCUGGCCAAAGACGCCCCACCCGCAGGGCCGCAUGGCACUUUUGCUUGGCAGUACCUGUACUUUUGCUUUCCCAUGUGCUGCAGCCUGCUUAUUCUCGGCCUUGAAAUCACUGGGGUCCGGAUCUGGAUCUUUUGAACAAGUUUUGGAUCUUUGGUAUCGUCCAAAAGUUAAUAAUAAGGGUCCUCGCUUGGAUGGUUGGCAUAAUCACACCCUCCAUGUCAGCCCGCUCCGGAAAUGUCAGUGGCGAAGGAUCAUCUGCUAUGCCUCUGUGCUUCUCAAGGGGCCAAAACAAAUCAAGCACUUAGACGAUGCUACAUCUGGUAGCAAUAUUGGACCAGCUGACGCUCUGCAACUGUUAAUUCCGGGUCUUGCAGACGAAGUGUAAGCGAUGUGGUUGAGAUUUCGGGAUAUGGACGGCUCGACACCAAUAUCGCCAAGACAGAAGGAUUCUGAAGGAAUGAAUAUGGAAAUUAGAAUCAUUACCAGGUAUGGUGUCUGCCUAAAACUAUGUCGGCGUCUGGCCCCGUAUUCGUCUCCCCCGGCCUGAAGGAGAGUGUCGCGGCUCUUU